AUGUUAAAGAAAAACUACACAGUGGUGACUGAGUUUAUCCUCCUGGGCCUGACCGACCGAGCUGACAUGCAGCCCGUCCUAUUUGUUGUGUUCCUGGGGAUCUACCUCAUCACAGUCAUUGGAAAUGUGAGCAUGAUUUUUCUAAUUAGAAGUGAUUCAAAACUGCACACUCCAAUGUACUUCUUCCUCAGUCACCUCUCCUUUGUAGAUCUCUGUUAUACCACCAAUGUCACUCCACAGAUGCUGGUUAACUUCUUAUCCAAGAGAAAAACUAUUUCUUUCAUUGGUUGCUUUGUACAAUUCCACUUUUUCAUUGCCCUGGUGAUCACAGAUUAUUACAUGCUUACAGUCAUGGCUUAUGACCGCUACAUGGCCAUCUGCAAACCCUUGGUAUAUGGUAGCAAAAUGUCCAAAUGUGUCUGCUUCUCUCUGGUUGCUGCUCCUUAUAUUUAUGGUUUUGCAAAUGGUCUGGCACAGACCAUACUGAUGCUGAGAUUGUCCUUCUGUGGACCCAAUGAGAUCAACCACUUUUACUGUGCAGACCCACCUCUCCUAGUCCUUGCCUGCUCGGAUACUUUUGUCAAAGAAACUGCCAUGUUUGUGGGGGCUGGCUUGAACCUCACUUGUUCUCUCACUAUUAUCCUCAUCUCCUAUAUUCUCAUCUUCACAGCCAUCCUGCGCAUCCGCUCUGCUGAGGGGAGGCGCAAAGCCUUCUCCACCUGUGGGUCCCACCUCACAGCUGUCACCGUCUUUUAUGGAACUCUGUUCUGCAUGUAUCUGAGGCCCCCUUCUGAGACAUCUGUGGUACAGGGGAAAAUUGUAGCUGUUUUUUAUAUCUUUGUGAGUCCUAUGUUAAACCCUUUGAUCUAUAGCCUGAGGAACAAAGAUGUGAAAAGAGCCAUAAGGAAAGCUAUACAUCAGAAAUUGUUUGUUAAAUAA